CAGCCGCUGCUGUGGCGGGUUUGGCUGGUGUAGCAUGGAGGGCGCGCUGGAGGCGCAGAUGUGGAGUGAUGCUGUCAAUCAGAACAAUAAAACAGCCCUGUUGGCCUGGGUGAAGGAGACUGGCAUCCAACUGGUGCAGGUCAAUGGUCAGAGGAAGUAUGGAGGCCCUCCCUCAGGCUGGAUUGGGGAGCCCCCUCCAUCCGGCUCAGAGGUAUUCAUUGGAAAACUCCCUCAGGACAUCUAUGAAAACAAACUAAUUCCUCUCUUCCAAAGCGUGGGCAAGCUGUAUGAGUUCCGCCUCAUGAUGACCUUCAGUGGGCUCAACCGUGGCUUUGCCUAUGCCAAGUACAGCAAUCGGCGCAGUGCGCAAAUAGCUAUUGCUGCUCUGAACAACUUUGAGGUGCAGAAGGGCUGCCCCAUCAUGGUUUGCAGGAGCACUGAGAAGUGUGAGCUGUGUGUGGAUGGCCUGUCAUCCUCGAUGGAGCAGGGCCAGCUGCGGACACUGUUGCAGGAGGUGACCACGGGGGUCCUGAACAUUUCCCUGUAUCCCAGCCCCUCCCGGAAGGGGGGACAGCUCGCAGUGCUGAAAUACAACUCCCACCGAGCUGCAGCCAUGGCCAAGAAAACUCUAGUGGAAGGUAACUUGGGUCUGUAUGAAGAGGAAAUUGAAGUGGAUUGGCUGAAAGUAGACAUGAAGCAGAAACUCCGUGCCAACACAGAGAGAACCUUUCCAGAAAGCUUGCAGCCUGGUGGCUGCAAGAGUGGCAGUCCGAGCCAGACACCUCAUGGUGCCGUGACAUGCCCUUUGCCACAGGCAUUCUGCGUGUUAGACUACCUGAACGCACUGUGUAAGAAGCAGCGGCUGGGAAUCCCUGUGUUUCUGACUAAAUGUGUACAAGCGAACCCUGACGGCUGGCUGCGGUUCUGGUAUCAGGUGGUCAUUCCAGGUUACCCAUCCCCCUUCAGUGGGUUUAUGUGGAUCAAACCUGAUAAGUCUGGCUUGAGUGGACAUGACAAGGCCAAGAAUGCCAUAGCGCUGCAGCUGCUCAAAACUUUGGGGUGCCCGGUGGUGUAGGCUGGAUGUUUCCACAGAGCCAUGUGCUGCCCCUCUGGGGCUUGGUGCAUUGGCUUUGCGUUCCUGUGGGGAGGAGGGGUGGGACUGAUGUGCUGACGUAUUGUAAGCUGGUUUUACAGGACGUGGGCACUGAGCAGAGGCUGCUUCUGGUCCCUGUUCGUCUGUUUUUGUGUUUUCUCUCAGAUGUUAGUUUGACACAGAUUUGUCUUAGGUUUUUUUAAAUGUUUUUGUUCUCUGCUCUGGUGUGCCCAGGUGGGUUAACCCAGUGAGACGGGGGAAGGUGGAUGUCAUGGGGAUUCCCACAUACCAUUGUAGGACAGGCUAAAUUGGCCAGGCAAUGAAGGACCCCAUCUGCAUAGGUCUUGGGGUCAUAGAGGAUGCAUGCUGGGCAACUAGGUGAGUCUGACCAGGCUCAAAGAUUUUUCUUUUGUUCUAUUUGGGUUUUAUUUGUAUUGAAAUACACCUGCCAGCGUGGUAGAGAGGGGGAUGUACAGUGCUCUUUGGAGAGGGUCUGGGGAACUCCCUGUUAUUAGACUGGGCAAUUAAUGACUGUCCCUGGCAUGUACAGCACAGUGCUAUAUUGAUAGCAAGCCCUGCAGGUGCACUGAGCAAACCUCUGCUUCCCCCACCCCCACCUGGGGGAAGGGCUGCUCUGUUUAAAUUCCUGGGCCUAAAUCUUGUUCUCUUGCCUUUUUGUUUGACUUAUUCUGUUAAAGGUUGUUUACUUUGUUUUAAAAGCUUGGUUGAGUUUCUUAUUGUGGCCUUGGCCAGUGAGGUCAGACAACUGUCCUGUGAAGCAAGGAAGAGCAUGGGACUAGUGCUGGGUGGGAAAUACCCCCUGCAUUGCUGCCUGUUCCACUGGCCUAGGCACUGUUUGGAAGAAUCCAAUGUUCUUCAUUGGAAGCAUCCCUCCUGGGCUGAGUUGUGAGCAGAGGCCUUUCCUGAAUCCUGCUAGUGCCUAAGUAGGGGAGGGUCAUGGCUGCCAUGCUGAUGGGAGCUGUUUUUAAUGAGGAAAUGGUGACCACCUCUCUGAGGCACCAAGGUAUUUAUGAGCAAGGGACUGUAAGGAAAUGGCAUUUGGGGUUCUCUGGUCCCCAGUGGCAUUGAUAGUCCAUGCCGCUGUGUAUGAAUGGUCAUUCAGACUGACUGAAGGGAAGUUCUAUUAAA